AUGGAGAGGAAGGCGGUGUGCAUCUCUCUUGUCAUCUUCGCGCUCGUAUUGUUCGCUGGCCCGGACCCAGUGGCCGCGGCGGUCUACAGCGUGGGCGAGGUGGUGAUGCCAAUGUCACCGUCCUUGAGGCUGGAGGACAGCGUGUCGCCGGAGCUCGGGGUGGACCUGGACGUGCACCGCCGCGUCUUCGGCGACGUCGGCAAGGGAGCCCUGGACCCCAACAAGUCAGCCUGCAAGCCGAAGUGCGCCGGGGACGGACAGCCGUACACCGGCCGGGGAUGCCAAGCCAUUUACGGUUGCGUCCCUAAAUAA